UCGAAAAUUUAAUAAAAUCUAAACCUAACCAAAGAGAAAAGAGACAGAUGACGGUUGAAACCCAGCUACCACCUCGGCAUCAAAUACUUGCAAAAUCCGGAAGAUUGUGUAGUAGUUCGGAGCUUUAAAUCCAGAGAAAAUAUGUGUUGGAAGUUAAUGCCAUUGACAUGUGUGAGAGCCACUGAGUUUCCACGUCACAAGAAACAUGUAAAACCCCUCAGAAGAAAAACUGCUCAUCGCCCAUUGGCAUUGCAACAUGGCGAUCUGAGGGACCCCAAGAUGAUAUCUUACUUUAAUAUCUAGGACCCACUUCAACCUUACUCAAAUUUAAAGACAAACGCAAGUCUAAGCGCGUGAAGCUCAAAUCACAAAAAACUUCUUCAGUCCCCAGGCUCUCCCAACUCCCCAAAGCUAAAAGGGCCAUCUCUCUCCAAAAAUCUAUAAUAAAAAUUCCUUCCUUUAAUCAUCCGGCGAAGCCACCCUCAAAAACCCUACUUUUCUACCACCUCAACCACCUGUCAAAUCCAUUAAACUCAAAUUUCGCAUCAAGUUUUCUUUUUUUUUUUUUCUAUUUUCUUGAUAGAGUUUUUAAGUUUCUUGGUUUUAAAAUCUGGGUUUUUGAUUGAACAUAAAAACUCGUUUGAAUUCAAUCAAAACUUGUAAAUUUAAAUAUCCAAUUUGUCCUUUUUGUUUUGGAAAUGGCUGAGGAUAAGAAUGGAGAUCGAAGUGAAGUGAGUGAUUACUCAUCAGAAGAUGAAGGGACUGAAGACUACAGAAGAGGAGGGUACCAUGCGGUGCGGAUUGGUGACACUUUUAAGAAUGGUUGCUAUGUGGCUCAAAGCAAGCUUGGCUGGGGUCAUUUCUCCACCGUUUGGCUUGCUUGGGAUACUCAAAGAUCGCUUUACGUAGCUUUGAAGAUUCAAAAGAGUGCUCAGCACUACACUGAGGCAGCAAUGGAUGAGAUAAAGAUCCUAAAACAGAUAGCUGAGGGAGAUCCAGAUGAUAAAAAGUGUGUUGUGAAGCUCUUGGAUCAUUUCAAGCAUUCAGGGCCUAAUGGGCAGCAUAUGUGUAUGGUUUUUGAGUACUUGGGGGAUAACCUUUUGACCCUUAUUAAGUAUAGUGAUUAUCGAGGGGUUCCACUUCACAUGGUUAAAGAGAUUUGUCAUCAUAUCCUAAUGGGUCUCGAUUAUUUACAUCGUGAACUUUCAAUCAUUCACACUGAUUUAAAACCAGAGAACGUGUUGCUAUUGUCAGUGAUUGAUCCAUCAAGAGAUCCUAGGAAAUCUGGUGCUUCUCUCAUUCUUCCAACUAGAAAGGAUAAGGUUGUCUCAGAGACUGUUGCUUCAAAAGAAAUUAACAGUUCAAAUGGAGAUUUGACAAGGAAUCAGAAAAAGAAGAUUCAGAAGAAGGCUAAGAAGGCAGAUCAAGCUUGUGUAGGAAAGGAAGUUUCUGAGGAAAAUGAGACAGAUUCCCAGACUGGUGAUAUGGAAGAUAUUAAUGCUGAUGCAAAAUCAAAUGAAGUUUCUGGUGAAGAACAGCCAAAUAGUUCUAUGGUUGAAGAUGAGGCAAAGAGUGAUGGAAUUAACAAUGGUAACCAAGGAAAGGAGCGCCAUAGAAGGGGGAGCAGUGCAACAAGGAAAAAACUGCUAGAAGAAGUUGAUCUUAAGUGUAAAUUGGUUGACUUUGGCAAUGCUUGCUGGACAUAUAAACAAUUUACAAAUGAUAUUCAAACCAGGCAGUAUAGAUGUCCUGAGGUUAUCCUUGGAUCCAAAUACUCAACAUCAGCAGACUUAUGGUCUUUUGCUUGUAUUUGUUUUGAACUGGCUACUGGUGAUGUUCUUUUUGAUCCUCACAGUGGUGAAAACUAUGAUCGAGAUGAGGAUCACCUGGCAUUAAUGAUGGAGCUUCUUGGAAUGAUGCCACGCAAGAUUGCAUUAGGUGGCCGCUAUUCUCGGGAUUUCUUCAACAGAUAUGGAGACUUGAGGCAUAUCCGUCGGUUACGUUUUUGGUCUCUCAAUAAGGUGCUUAUGGAAAAGUAUGAUUUGAGCGAGCAAGAUGCUACUGACAUGGCUGGCUUCCUAAUUCCAAUACUUGAUUUUGUCCCUGAAAAGAGACCCACAGCAGCUCAAUGCCUCAGCCACCCAUGGAUCAGUGCAGGCCCUAGACUGCUUGAACCUUCCACAACGGCUCCUGAACAGUGCACAGAUGAUAGUACAUCUGAAAUGGAAAGGAAAGAGAAGGAUGACCGGGAGGCCAUGGAGGCUGGACUAGGGAAUAUAGCAAUUGAUGAGCGAGCUUCAAAGCAAUUGAAAGAAAUGCUUCCAAAGUUGAAAUAACUCUUUAUCCGAGCAUUUUUAAUCCGGUGA